AUGGAGGACUUCAUUUCUGCAGUCAAAAAUGAACUGAAGAACAACAAUGCUGCUGCAGCUGCUGCACAAAUCAAACAAUAUUUAAAAGAACCCUGGAAGAUUCCACUAAAUAUCGCCAUCACAGGAGAAUCUGGUUCUGGUAAAUCCACCUUUGUUAAUGCCUUCAGAGGCAUUGGUGAAGGACAUAAGGAAGCUGCCCCUACUGGUGCUCAGGAAUCCUCAAAGGAUCCUAUACCAUACUUCCAUCCAGACUAUCCCAAUGUUAAAUUAUGGGAUCUUCCUGGAAUUGGCACCAUGAAGCUUCGAGCUGCCAGAUACUUGGAACGUGUUAAAUUCAAGAGCUUUGACUUCUUCAUUGUCAUCUCGGACACCGGCUUUAGAGAAAAUGACGUGAAACUCGCUCAGGAGAUUCGGAGGAUGAAGAAAAAGUUCUACUUUGUUCGCUCAAAGAUUGACAACGAUAUACGAGCUGCAGAGAGAAAGGUAGACUUCAGUACAGAAAGGACUCUUGAAAAAAUCAAGGACACAACUGUUAAAGGUCUUAUAGAUGCAGGGAUUAGGUCUCCACAGGUCUUCCUCUUGUCCAACUUUGAGCCUCACCUGUAUGAAUUCCCUACAUUGCAAGAGACCUUAGGGAGAGAACUUCCUGCACACAAGAGAGACACUCUGCUGUAUGUUAUGUCCAACACCAGCCUGGAGAUCAUCGAAAAGAAGAAAGAAGCUUUUCAGUCUGAAAUAAAAUUAUAUGCUGGUCUUUCUGGAACUGUAGCAGCUGUUCCAGUUCCUGGACUGUCUGUUGCUGUUGAUGCCAGCUUGAUGGUUAAAGCUUCCAAAGAGUAUGUAGAUGGGUUUGGUCUUAAUAAGCGAUCACUGGAAAAACUUGCCAACACCACAGGUGUGCCAUACACUUUUCUGCAUGCUGUCAUCAGGUCACCACUGGCUAAAGGAGAAAUAACUGCAGAGCUCGUCGUGAAGGUGUUGUCACAACUAGCAUGCACAGCUGCGUUAAUCACGCUAGAAGAAGGAUUAAGAUGGAUUCCAUUAAUCGGACUUGUAGCAUCAGCUGGCCUUUCGUAUAUUGUAACCUACAAAGCUCUGACUUCUUUCCUCGACACACUUGCUGAAGAUGCUCAGAGGGUCUUUGAAUGA